UGCCGUAAGAAGCAUUCGCAACGAGCUCGGUCACAAGGACACCAGGACUCAUAUCUAGACAAAUAUAACAAGUUGUUAAAAAAAAUCUAACGCAGUACACAGCAAGAGCGUAGUUAUAUUUUACGAAAUGCGUAGCGGUCGUGUUUAUCCACUGGCGUUAGCAAAACAACUUGGCCACACAAUACGGAAGCGGCGUUAACGUCAAAUGCGAUUGGUCGAUAAGCAGAUAGGUGAUGACGUACGCCCGGAAGUUAUUGGCUAAAAAUAAUUGGAGUGGCAAGCGGAGCAUCUUUGACAGCAACAUAAUCAAGCUAGUUCGCCUUAAAUUAACAAUGAAACUCCAAGGAGGAGGACUCGUUGAUCGUAUUCAGGGCAGCUUCAUGUGAUGAGGAGCGCUGUGCCAUGCAGAGGAGACACAGUAGCAACACGGAUGGCAUGCCCGCAGAAAGGAGCCGUAGCCAAACUCUGGGAUCAGAGAGCAGUCUGGACGAGAGCGCCGUGUUCGACUGCUUGAAGCCCGAUUCGCCCGCAUUGCCCCAGCAGAUCUUUUCGGGUCUGGUGGGCGUCCCGUCCGGCGCUGUUUCCUCCGCCCAGUUCCAGGCGGCCAGCUUAGUGCUGGGCUCGCCCCCAGAGGUCUUCAUCCACAUGACGGCGUCAUCCCGAGAAGAAGGUGGCCCCCGUCGCCCCGAAGGCGGACCCUUCCUGGCUCGCCAGCCCCACCACAAUCACCACCCUCACCACCACAAUUUCCACCACCCGCCCCUGCAGCACAGGACCUCCUCUCUCCUGCAGCAAGCCACAGCAGCGGCGGUCGGCUCAGACAGGCACCACCAUGGCCCCCGGGAGGAGGUGGGCCUGGAGGACCCGUCCACGCCAGCACCAGCCCUCUCUGAGCUGAAGGCAGUGGUCACGUGGCUGCAGAGGGGCUUCCCGUUUAUCCUCAUCCUGCUGGCCAAAGUCUGCUUCCAGCAUAAGCUCGGUAUCGCAGUUUGCGUGGGGAUGGCCAGCACCUUUGCCUAUGCCAACGCCACCUUCAAACACCAGGUUUCGCUGCGGGAGGGGCGAUCAGUGCUGGUGGCCCUGUGGAUCGCGCUCUUUCUUUCAGGGAAUGUGGCAUAUAUUUACUAUGCCUUCAGCCAGGAGGAGCUCUACAACAGUAUGUCAGCCAUUUUGUGUCAUUUCUUUUGGCAGAGCUUCCGUGUGGUUUUUGUCCUCCUCUUGUUUUCCAAGCCCAACCUAGACGGGUUUGACUUCUUUGACCUCAUGUGGGUGGUGGGCAUCACCGACUUUGUCCUCAAGUUUGUCACCAUUGGGCUGAAAUGCUUUGUUCUCUUUUUACCUGGCAUCCUCUUGGCCUUCAAGUCCAGGGGCAAGUUUUACCUGCUGAUCGAGGAGCUGAGUCAGCUGUUUCGUGCACUGGUUCCCAUCCAGUUGUGGUACAAGUACAUUAUGCCAGAAGAGCCCUCGGCCAGCUACUUUCUGGGAGCCACGCUCAUUAUCAUCUAUAGCCUCUGCAAGUCGUUUGACAUCUGCGGCCGUGCGUCGACCCUACGCAAGGCGCUGGUGCUGCUUUGCUAUUCUCAGAGUUACGGCGUGCGGGCCGGCAGCCAGCAAUGCAGCGAGGCCGGUGACGUCUGCGCCAUUUGCCAGGCGGAUUUCCGUGAGCCCGUUGCCCUCUUGUGUCAGCAUGUUUUCUGCGAGGAGUGCCUGAAUUCCUGGUUGGACCGGGAGAGAGCGUGCCCGCUGUGUCGUGCCACCGUUGUGGAGACCGUCCGAUGCUGGAAGGACGGCACUACCUCCGCUCACUUCCAAAUCUACUAAACCUGCACAGUGAUUAAACACGUUAGAAAAAAAGUCAAAACAGUAUCCGAAAAUAGUUGUAAUACAAAUCACAAUGUGACGAGAAGUCAUAACAAUACGGAAAAAGUCAACAACACAAUAGUCGUCGUAAUGUUAUAAGAAUGAAGUCAGGAUUUUCAAAAAGUAAAAAAGUUGUCGCGUGAAAAGAAUACAAUUGUAAUGUUACAAGCACAAAGUCGUAAAACAUUGCUAGAAAUUGUAAUGUUAUGGGACUAAAGUUGGAGCAAUGCAUGAAAAACAGUUACGAAGUUUUGAGAAUAAAGUUGUAAUAUUAGGCAAAAGAAAAGGCGCAAUAUUACAAGGUUAAAGUCAUAAUGUUGUGAGACUAAAGUCCUAACGUUAUAAGAAUAAAGUCAUUUUAUUAGGCAAAAAAAAAAGUGCAGUGUUACGAGGAUGAAGUUGUAGCAUUG